AGUCCUGCCUCCCCUUGGCUAGGGACACCAAACUGACUGGAGCCAAAAAAUAAAAAGUUUUUCUCCUUUAUAUCGGACUGGUGGUCCUAAUAACACCCGAGGGAUAACUGUUUUAAUAUCUGAUGGCAGCAAUGUUGAACACCAGCACAGGUCUUUGGGAAAUCACAACACCCAGUGUUUUCAGCACAACAGAAUAUGAUUAUUCUGAUGUUGGGAUAUUUCAACUGUGUGAGUAUGGAACCCAUGCAAGCCGUAUUCUCCCUGUGCUCUACUCCCUGUUCUUCGUGGUGGGCUUCCUGGGCAACAUGCUGGUGCUGUGGGUGAUCCUGAGGGGCCCUCAGAUGAAAAGCAUGACUGAUGUGUCUCUCCUGAACCUGGUCAUCGCUGACCUUCUACUAAUCUUCUCUCUCCCCUCCCAGGCUCACUACGCCAGGGAUACCUGGGUUUUUGGUAGAGCCAUGUGCACUCUGGUCCUCAGCGUGUACUACAUUGGAUUUUACUCUGGCAUUUUCUUUAUUGUGCUGAUGAGCAUCGACAGAUACUUGGCUAUUGUCCAUGCUGUGUUUAUCUUGAGAAUCCGAACCAAGAUUUAUGGGAUUUUAGCCAGCCUGGUAGUCUGGAUUAUAGCUAUUGCAGCAUCAUUUCCUGAGCUGCUGUAUCUUGUCAAAGAAAAUGGGACUGAAGUAGUUUGCAGUGCUUAUCCAAAAAUUCAAGAAAGUCACAACGAUGUGAGAAGUGCAGCUUUCUUUAAGAUGAAUAUUUUGGGAAUGCUGAUUCCACUGAGUAUUGUGGGAUUUUGCUACUCGAUGAUUCUACAGAAGCUUCGGACUGUUCGUAAAUCAGGGAAAUUGGCCAUUCGUCUUGUUGCUGCGGUCGUGGUGGUGUUCUUCUGCUGUUGGAUACCGUACAACAUUGCAGCAUUCCUCAAAGCACUGGAAAUGAAGCGUAUCCUGCCUCCAGGGUGUGAGCUCAGCAAAACAAUCCAGCUCAUGCUGCAAGUCACUGAAGCUAUAGCAUACUCACACAGCUGCCUCAAUCCAUUCCUCUAUGUGUUUGUGGGUCAAAAGUUCAGGAGGAACCUCGCAAAGCUCCUCCUCGAGACCCCAUGCGUCAAAGUGCAGUGUGUGAAUCGCUACCUGACCCGGGCCGCAGCCCCAGUGAAUGACGAUGAAGGCUCAGUUGGAAUCUGAACGGAGGAACAUGAAGUCUUUUUUUAUAUGUAUAAAUUACUUCCAUUUUAUACAUUUUAUGUACUAUUGGAAAUACUGUUGAGAUAACUUGUAUUUGCAUGUGUUAUAUAUCCCUGUUAUUAGGUAAAGUUUACCAUAAUGUGCUCUUUUUUAAAAGUUUUGUAAACUCUCAGAGUGAUAUCAUUACCUUUUGUACCUUUAAUGUGUAUUUUUUAAUGUGUACCUUUAAUAUAUAUAUAUAUAUAUAUAUAUAUAUAUAUAUAUAUAUAUAUAUAUAUAUAUAUAUAUAUACAGUAUCUCACAAAAGUGAGUACACCCCUCACAUUUUUGUAAAUAUUUGAUUAUAUCUUUUCAUGUGACAGCACUGAAGAAAUGACACUUUGCUACAAUGUAAAGUAGUGAGUGUACAGCUUGUGUAACAGUGUAAAUUUGCCGUCCCCUCAAAAUACCUCAACACACAGAUAUUAAUGUCUAAACCGCUGGCAACAAAAGUGAGUACACCCCUAAGUGUACAUAUAUAUAUGAAAAUUAAUUGAAACAUACAUUUUUAUUAUUAAGCAAAGUGUCUUGCACAUAAAUAUCAUUAAAAUCCUUCGGAACUUUU